GAGAUAAUGUUGAUUAUUGGCCUUUUUUCAGAACAGAUGAGAUAUUUGAUAGUCUUCAAAAAGCUGUUAACUAUGCAGUCGGUAUGGCAACUAUCUGUGGUUUUAAACUGAUUAUUUCAAAGCACUCAAAGAAAGGAACAUUAAGGAUUCUGAAGUGUAACCGAGGGGAACGUUAUCGAGGUAAUAAAAUAUCCAAUCUUGUUAAUGUUGUCUUGAGAAAGUCGAAAACAAAAUAUACCGGAUGCCUGUUUGAGAUGAAAUUGAAAAAAGUGGCCGGUACGAAAGAUUCCUGGACUGUAUGUUUUCCUCUGGAUGACCGGAAGGGAUACCAUAAUCAUCCGAUGGUUUUGUAUCCCGAGGGUCAUCGACAGUUCAGCGGAUUGAGUGAAAAGGCGAGACAGAUCGUCCGUGACAUGACAGCUGCCCAGGCAAGACCGACGAUAAUAUUGGCAGCGAUACAGGAGAAAUACCCGUAUGACAACGCGAUUCGUCAACAGGUUUACAACUAUAGGGCUGAACUCCGAUCAGAGAGUUUCGAGGGUAGAGAUGUGACUUCCCAACUUAUGCAUUUGGCUAGCCGGGCUAAUUACAUAGUUUUCGCCGAUUCUGAUAAGGACAAACACACCUUGACACGUGUGUUCAUGUCGCAUCCCCAGUCAGCCCUUCUCUUUCAGACAUAUUAUUGGUACGUCGGUAUAGAUUUGACGUACAACCAACAG